UGCGACCGGUCUUGCCAAGAUUUGGAGUAUUGUCUUUGUUGGGGGAGAGAGAAAAAGUAUAUAACGAAGCCGUUUUCAUUUACUUCAUGGAUAGCAAUACUCUUAAUUAUAAGAAUUAAGUACAUUGAACACUUUCGUACAUUCACCAAUCGAAACAUCAUCUCCAUUACCCGCUGAUAUCAAUCAAUCCGACUCAAUUCCAAUACUAAAGACAUAAUGGCUGCAUCAUCUUCCGCGGACGUAUUUGCAUACAUUGUUGCAAUCUUCAUCCCUCCUCUGGCCGUCUUCUUGAAGACUGCAUGUGGAGUUGACUUUCUUAUCAAUAUCUGCUUGACCAUCCUUGGUUGGAUUCCAGGUGUUAUCCAUGCCUGGUAUGUUAUCUCAAAACAUGACCCAGCGAAAUAUGCUCCAUAAGAAAGGGGUAUUAUAGGGGAAUGCUGGUGAUGAUCGGUGAUGAUACCUUGGGAGUGGGUAUAUCUAGGAGGGUUUGGCGUUCAAGGUUGAAGGGAAUCUCAUCGACGGUUCAUUCUGAGAUGAGGAUAUCCAAGGAGUAAUACAUUGUUUUUAUACCAUUCAGGAGUUCUUCGAAUUGAUCAAUCAUACCACAAUACUAAGCAUACUGUACAUACUCGUACAUACUCGUACAACCCAUUUGCAUCUUCUCGAACCUAUACCGCCUUGCUCUCCAACAUGUCCAAAUGAUUGUGUCAAUGCUUGGAAAUUCGAUAGAUCCUUCUGGAUACCUACUAGGUAUGUAUCUCCUAUCUAAGCCCUACAGAGAUAGUAAGAUCGGAUAAACCGGAAGUCAUCAGUCCACUAAGUUGAAACCGAUUGAUAAUAUUUGGUAAUUAUUCGAGGGGCGGAGACACCAUUAUGUCUUGGACGGUUGGACAAUUCGAAUCUAACACGACUAUUUACGGAUAUUUGGUAAUAAAACUCUUGGAAUGAUGGAUGUCAAGAAAUUAAGAAAAGGACGGUCCGAAAAAGAUGUCAAGCACAGUUAAGCAUACUGUACUAGAUAGGUAGCCAAGCGAAGGACCCUUCACUUCACCCAAGAACAUAUAAAUAAAUGUCAUCCCCUCCAUCUACUA